AUGGUGCUUACAAACAGCCACACUAUAUCUAAAAGUAUCGUCAAAAAUGAUGAAGUUAUCAACGUAAUCGACAGUGUACAUGACUUAGAAGACGAUAAGGAACAUGAUAUUAAACAAAACCGAUAUCAUCACAGGCUUGCUUUUCGUGCAGAACCUAUGAAAAACCAACAAACAGAAUCAAUAACCGAUCGAAUAACCGAAUCGCUCCCAAAUUAUGACCCAAAUUUUAACAUCCAAGUAUCAGAGCAUACGGAUGAAGUACAGGUAUCAAAAAGCCGCCGAAAAGGAUUUUUACGAAGGUUAAUGGAUAAAAUUAGGCGAAGAAAGAAUAAACAUUUGGUAACAAACGGGGAGAUCGAACAAGUAAAAACAACUUCAUGGAAUAUUGCCGCUCAGAAAAACCUUUAUGUCAAUAACAAAACUACUGCUAUAGUCAACGACAACAGUUACACGCGUCCAAAACGAUCGCAUAAAAACAGAAAAUAUAGGCGUAAAAUUUUAUCAAAAAGGUACAAUAAUCCUGCUACAAAUAAAAUACAAUCCGUUAUUUACGAUGAGGAUUUCUUUCAGAACUUUAAACAAAUAAGUGCAGAUUUUGAAAAAGAUAAGAAGAAGUCGUCAAACGAUAAUGAUACUUGGGAAAAUAACUACCGAUUAACUUCAAUAUCCUAUCAACCGGUUAUUAAACAAGACAAUGAACUAAGUUUGUCAGAGAUGACAACAAAAAUAGAUUAUUUGAAAGAAAAAUACAGUACUGGACCGAGACCGCAAAAUUUUACUAAAUAUAUGCCUUUUCUUGCCAAUUCAUUUAACGCUUAUAAUUUAAAUAAAUAUAAAAGUUCCACAACGUCUACAACUUUAUUAAAAAUUGAUGACUUUGAUAAGGAUUUUAGCGAUACGGAUGAAAUUGAAGAUUUAUUGAACGUUAUGAAAAUGAGGGCGAUUCAGAUUAUAGCAAACAAAACUCCUCUCGUCACAGACAUUGUAUCAAGUUUUGGUACUGAAACUGUAUUUGAGACAGUUCCUUCUUUUAAGGAUAUAUUUUCCCUCGGUCGUACAUUUUCAACAGGCAAUUAUAUACCCAUAAAUACAUACGAUGUUACUAAGUUACCACCAACAGUAAAAACUAUUAUGGCUAGAAAUAUAUAUAAAUCUCCAAAACAAAAAACAAAUGUAAAACGAGAAGUUGUUACUAACGGGAAAGUACUGAGAAAAAUGUACAACAAUUUUAAAAAUCAAUUAUCUAAUGAAAUCAAAGAAAGUCAAACUGCUUUAAAAAAUGAAACUAAGUAUUGGGCAAAUAAAUUCACAGAUAAACAUACAAUAAAUUGUAAGACUAAAAAAAAUUCAGCAUCACAAUUGUUUGGGUAUGAAGAUUACGAUGAUCUUGGGAGUAAUCAAAACCGCGACAGAAAAUCGAAUCUAAAGCAAGGAAAAAGUAAACAAAUAGCAGGUAAUUCUACGUAUACAAUACCUCUUAAAGACAAUGACUAUCCCAUGCUUUCCUUAUACGAAAAAUUACUAAGCAAGCCACAUCAAAAUAAUCUUAUAACCAUGCCAACAACCGAGAGCAUUAAGAAACGGAAUGCAGUAGAAAAUCAUGUUAUAUAUAAUAGGAACCAAAACAUUUUUAGUUACUUUGAGGAUAAAGAGAAGGAUAUAGGUAUUCCUUAUAAGGUCGUUGAUCCAAUGGAUGAAUAUGAUGAAUAUGAAAACAUACAAAAUGAAAAACCUACAAAAAAGUUUGGACCUACUCCGCAGAAAAAUAAAAAGCCAUAUGGAAAAACCACUACAUUUAAAGAUUUAGCUGAUAAACUAUCCUAUAAUGACUAUGUCAACGGUUACAAGCACUAUUUAAAGUUUCAAAAAGAACAGGGUGCCCAAAACUAUUCCAAUUUAGUUCGUUAUCAAGCUCAUAGGCAUCACAGUGUAGAUGAUAUAGGAAAGUUCAUAUUGAACAAAUUACCGCAGGUGCCUGAACGACACAAACGAGCCUUUUAUGACGAAUCUGAGACGACGGAGGAUCUAGACAUAUCGACCAAAAACGAGGAAUCGUGGUUCAAAAAACACUUUUAUUUAUUCAUCGAUUCAGGACAGCCGAAAAAAUUCCACUCAUCUGAAACGGUAUCAUUGAGACCUUCAGUUGCUGAAACAGACAAAGUGCGACAUUUGUCAACAGAAAAUUCAAUCAAAAAACCAUCUACAAUGAAGGCAAGGCAAAUCCAAAAGAAAAUUGAGGAGACUGACUUAGAUCGGCUGUCAAAUGUUCUUGAAAAAUACAAAAAUCAUCCCACUCCAUCUACAACUACACAUCAGCGUUAUAUAUCAAAUGGUUACCAUACAACAUCAGCAGUAGUGACGAAUUACGGAACUGCUGAUGUGAGUGUAAAAUUUAAAGAUAUGAUUGAAAAACUUUUUGGCGGAAAGAAGCUACGAAAUGCUAAACCUUUGUCCGAGCUAGAAUAUAGAAACACGGAAAAAAGAAAUAUGGUUACUGAAGCAGACAUAGACUUGUUACUAGACAAUUCAUUAAAAAGAUCAAAAAGGAACUCUUAUGCUCGAGAUACUAAUAAUGAAUACCAGCUUUACCAUAGUUACUUGCCACAAGAAGAAAUAAAGUCUAAGUUAAGUUCUGACCUCUCGUCACCAACUACAUAUAAAAAUUAUGGAUACGUCGAUGUUAAUGUAAUAACAAGACCAACAGCAGUAGUUAAACUGCGCGAGGCUAAAAAAGAAAGCAAGUUUAAGAAAUUUUUCAAACAUCUAGGCUUUCACUUUCAUAAGAAAAAAGAUAAAGAGAUUAAAAAGUCCAAAAUACAUAAACGUGAAUCAAUGAAUCGCGUUCAAAGAUCGAAUCCUUUAAAGAAAUUAAAGAAGAUGUUCAAUGUACGAAUAGACGGAAAACCAGAUACGCGUAGUAAAGGUUUUGACUAUGAUAUUAUUGAUACACAUGUAUCAUCUUUUAAACCUUUUAGACAUGAUAAGACAUCAUAUUUAGAAGAUAAUGACGUAGAAAUACCAAACGUGACUGAAGAUGUUUUGUAUAAAACCAAAACUGUAGGAAACGAUAUUUCAUACAACGCACCUGUUUUGAAAAACUCUUACCUAGCCAAGAAAAAUUUUCAACACAAUCCCAUGAAAUAUAAUUUUAUGAAUGCAAGUGACAAAUAUAAUUACAUUGAUGAUCCCAGUGAAAUAUUAAUUUCCACUAAAUACAGCCCGCAAAAACCACAAGUGAUUCCCAAAAAAAGUAGCAGUUCAAAAGACGACGUAGCGAUUGAUGAAGAAAAUUACCAAGAAACAGAAGCAGUAAUAGGGAAUAUAAAGAGACAGGUUAAGUUAUCCGAGAAACCACAUAAUAUAACUUCACAAAACACAGAGAAACGAAAACUUACUAGUUUAAGACACAGAUAUCACACAAUUCCUGAUUAUUUCAAAGAUUUCGAAAGAUGGCACAAUGAUUUGCUGCAUUCUGAAAAAUUUACGACUUGGCAAAGUAUACUUGAUGAUAUAAAUUACUCCAAUAAAUACAAUGCUCCGAAUGUGACGUUCCUAAAGAAGGAACUGAGUAGAAUGCAUGAAUUUCUGAACAUUAAUCAUGAUGAGAAUAUAGAAGACGAUAAUAAUAGAGAUAUGUUAAAAGGUAUUAAGAAACAAAUGUUGACAACUAAAGCAGUAACAAACAUAAUGAAAAGGAAAACUGCUAAGGCCGCAUUGAGAAACAGUUCGUUAAAAAAUAAAAAUCUAGUGAAAAGAGAAGGUGGAACAAACAGUAAUUUUAGUAUUUAUCAUAAUAGCAACGAAGGAAAAUUUGACACUCAUCAGAAUUACUCAAUAACGAAUAGUCAACCGAAGAAUCUUAGCCGAAUUAUGAAUGAGGAAUAUCACAAAUUGAUUCAUCCUUUUUCGCAUAAUGUUCAAAUUGAGGAUUCCAGUAAAACAGACAAAGCAAGUAAAGGUACAACAACUCCGAAAAACACUGAUAAUACUCCUGAAACCACGUAUUUUAUAGACACUUCUCUGCUGGCUUACGAUGACGGACCUAAUUUUAUAACUGAAGAGGUCACCGAAGCAAUCGAUGAACCAACGCUUCAAUCUUCACUCGGCAUGCAUGUCGUAGAUGCUGUCAAUUCGGUAACAAGAUUCCACAAGGUCCCCGAGCAAUAUUUUGCCACACCGAUCCCUAUGGAAAAUAAAGAUUUUGAUAAAUUUCUAAAAGAAAAUUACUUAGAUGUUAUAUCUGUUACCAGUCCACUUCAUCACUCAUCAAGAAAAACAACCAAAAAUGAUCGGCAACCGCAGUAUGAUUCUACAUCACUUAUUAAUUUCAAAAACUUACCUGAACAGUACAAUAAGUUAAAACAAAGUUUAAAAAUGUCUAAGUACUUAGAAUUUAAAAACAUGAGCGAAAACACUAAAGACUGGAACUUUGAUUCCAUUUCUAUACAAAAUUUGAGUAAGAAGUAUAAUGUGGGAUCGAAACUUGAACCAAAAAACACUUUUGUGAAUAAGUACAAAAGCAACAUUAACAGAGAUUAUGAUGAAAAAAGAAGAAAAAGAGCAUCUUUUAAACCUUCUCAACCAGAAAAACCUAUAGCUGGGUUUCUUGAUUAUGGAACUUAUAGCAAAUAUAGUAAAUUAAAAGACCACUUUAAAAAUGUUGAGAGAAAGGAUGAAGAAACAAAAGAAACUGAGCACAGUACAUCAAAUAUCUUAGAUGAACUUGAAGGUACUGUAAUUGAUUAUGAUAAUUCGGAAGAUCCUCAGUUUGAAAAUACAAAAGCAAACGAACAAUCAAAUAUCAAAGGUGAGAGUACAACAAAAGGUGAACAAUUUAAAAAAUCUCUUCAAAAAAACGAAAAAAAGCCCUUGCAUAAAAACGUUACAAUAAAUCAGUUUGAUCAUAAAACUAAUUCUACCAAAAAAGGGUCAGCUGAAUCUAAGAAACAGUUAAAAACUAAUGUGACACAUAAAAUACCAGGAAAGGCAAAACCACAUGGAAACCAUCCCAUGCAUAAUAAUUUGUUGUUUAAUUAUGUGUAUGGUGACGGUAAAACACAAAUAAUUAAAAAACCUUACGGCAACGUUCCUUAUAUUUUAACAAACGACAGUCAUCAUAACUACAAAGGUCCAAUUAAAAUGUCACGAGAUUCGAAAUUAGCUGAUCCAAAUAUCCGCGUAGAGAAAAGUUCAAAUCCGAAAAGAAUACAAAUAACAAGCAAUUCAUAUAAAUAUGAUAUUAUAUAUGAAGAUGAUUUCUCUGACAAACAUAAUGUUAAUAAUAAAGAUAUAACUACCCCACGCUUACAAGUGUUUGGACAACAUGGUUUUUAUUCAAUGAAAGUGAAUGGAUCGGCCAAUGACAGUGAUGGAGCUGCUGAACCGCGCCUUGCAAUGGACUUGACGUUUGUCAAUGGCGCCAGAAGAGUUCAACGUUCCCAAAAAGAUAAUAACAGUACGUCUAGAUCAUUAAGAAAUACUACUUUGGAACCUUUAAGACGUGGAACGCUCAUUUACGAUUUGAAGCAAAUGGACCGAGGUAAUAACAAAGAAACCAAACAACGCCGGGGACCUUUCAAAAGCUUACACGGCACCUCAGUCUUAUCACUACUUCAAAAACAGAUACAAACGAGACUAACUGAAACUAAGAGGCCACCAACAUCAAAAUCGAGCGUCAAACCACCGACAAAAAACCAAACCGAGAACUCAUCAACAACAACCAAAAACAAUCGUACCGUUAACAAAAUAUCAGGAAACAACAAUGGAAAGAAUCCACACGAAAACUUAAAACAAAAUAAGGAUGUAAAUAAUACUAACGAAAGUGUGAGAAAAAGUUUCAGUCCUCAAGAAAAACAUAAAACAAAUGCCGGUGAACGAACGCUACCGGUAAAGGAUGACUUGAAAGUAAAAGUGACUUUAACACCAAAAAUCAAAUGUUCCAAAAGUCUUAAAGCCAAAGAUCACACGACAAACACCGUUUCAAAUGGGGAUGAGAAAGAAACGUCAAAAAGUGAAGUUACGACACACAGGAAAGCCAACGUGAAGGAUUUCAAGACUAAAAAACAUCGAAAUUUGGCGAUAAUAACGAAGAUUUAUUCCGAAAAAAAACAACAAUUAUCCGAUUAUGAAUUUGUUUUCCCCAAUACAAAAAUUUUGCCAACAAAAGCGGAAGUGACAUCUAUAAUUGCGAAAGUAACAUCUGAACCCAAUGAUGAAAAAACAGAAAUAACCAAAGAGAAAUAUACUACAGCUAAGACAACAUCUACUCAAAAUGCUAUUUCAACCACUAAAGAAAAUACUGCGGUAUCAUUUGUGCCUGAAAUUGGGACAAUGUUCAGUCAAAAUGAAUUAGAUUUAAAGGCACCGGCUGAUGAAGAUAGUUUUUAUGUCACGAGCAACAACUACUACGAUUACCAUACAGGUGAUCUCGAAUAUAACUUGAAUGAAAGUAAAGUUGUAAAAAUUGAAAAUACCACGAAAAUUAAAAAUGAUUCUGCAGUUAAACACGAUAAACGAGACAUAAAGUCUCAAAAUACUUUCACAGCAAAAGAUGUAGCUGCUAUUGAAGUAAUAGUAGAUUUAAUGCGAAACAGUCGAAACUCCGAAGAAAACGAACUAGCCGAUACGAUAAACGAAAACACGGGGACUACACUAUCGGAUUCCGGUCAAGCUUCGAGUAGAGCCAAUGAUAUUGCCAGCAAUUCCAUUCAAGUACACAUUGCGAUUCCAUAUAAUCUUUCAAAUGAAAAAAGACGAUCUUUAGAUGAUCCAGUGAAAAUAAGAAAAGUAUUUUCUGCUAAAUUAUCAACACCAGUUGAUAUGGAAUAUCAAAUACAUUCGGCGGAAGAGUUAGAGCCAUCAUCAUCUGAACCCGAUACUAGUACAAGUUACAACACAGCCAUAUUAAGUGCUACAUCUUCAAAAAUGGAUGCAUUGUCUCCAGGAAUGUACUUAUUGGAAGAAAACAUGAACAAUUUAAUGCCUAAAGGUAAAUAUAUUCUAAGGCCUAUAUAUGAUAAAAGAUUUUUAUCUGAUUGUAAAAUAAGACAAGCAGUUACAAAGUCAAUCAUUACUCAUAAAGCAACAACAGUAGAUCCGCCAAAUAAUUUAGCUAAGGUUACGUUGAGUAAAGAUUUUAUAGCAGCUUUAGAUCAACAUUUGCAGCAAUUAUACCUGAAUUUGACCUCUGCACCAGAUCAUAAAAUCAAAGCUAGAAACAUAUAUCUGCGUAAAAUUCUGAAACCUAAGCAUCGCACUUACAGUGUUCAUAGACCACGGAGACACAUAAAUUGGGAUACUAUUAAAAAAUAUUUUGGCCACGAUAGAGUUUGCAAUUGCCAUUGUAAGCCUAAUCGAACUAUGUGCAGAGCUUGUGCUGCAAGCGAUGCUGUCAUUUCUGAAUUGAUAUUCGAGUUAGACAAUUUAGCACAGUACAUGAAUGACCAUUGUACUGAAAUUCAAACAUAUUUCUGGAUGAACCCCAGUGGCGGUAGGAAGCUAAGAGAAGCAGUACAAAGAAUAGACAAAACAUUGUACAAUUACUACAAAAGAGUAAAAGGAAAAUGCAAGGGUCGUCCCUGUAAAACAUUUACAUAUAUGGACAAACGAGACUUUGUUAACUUUGAUAAAAGAGUAGACUACAUCGGUGAACCAUUGAUACGUGACAUAGAAAAGAUAGCAGAUGACUUGGAACAAGCUGCUGAAUUUAAUAUAGGCGAUGACACCCUUGCUAAAACUGGCAUAAAAUGCCUUGACGUUAUUACAAAAUGUAUGCAUUUAAAACCAUUUAAUAAAAGAGCCGACGAAAGCAUCGGUAACAGAAACCGUUUAAGGAAUGUUUAUUCUCUAGACAAUGUUAAUGUUAACAUCAUAUGUAAGUCAGAUAGUCAAAUGGACAAAACUCAAAACAACAUCUAUCUUUCAACACUGACGUCAACGUAUUUGACUGAAUCUCCCAGUAUCUUUUAUUACGACAUGGAUGAAUUUAAAAAUGAAGAAAAGCAGAAAAAAGGAAUUAAAUCCUUUUUAUCAAGAAAGAGUAAUAUGAAGAAAAAAAGAAAGAACAAAAAUCAUUUAUUUACAUAUUACGUAACACCAUCAGAGAGUAGACUAAGCUCAAAUAACAUGAUAUUAAAAAAGAGACAAGUAAAUAAUAAUCAAAUUGAAUCGCCAUUGAUCACAGAAACCGGUGGUUUGUUUUGGUUUGAUUAUAUUAACGGCAAUAAAAACAAAAAUCAAUACGUAGAAGAACAGAAUAACAGAGAUAACAGUUACAAUUUUCAAAGCAACUAUGACUUAAAAGAAAAUAAUGAUAAGAUUACUAAAACUGAGAACUGUACUGACUAUCAAUACUCAAGCUACGAAAAUUCCAGUGUUAAUGAUUUAAAUCCAAAUGAUCUUACUGAGUCUACUAACUUCUUUACAAAUUUUAUGAUCAAUAAUAAUGUUUCACAGUUCACAACACAGAACAUGCAAACUACAAAAACCAAACAAAAAAUGUCAAGACUCACUACUACAUCAAACGAAAUAAUUGAUGUAAACCGAUCCAAAUCAAUAAGACAUCGAAUAAAGGAAUUGCUUGAGCUUCUUGAUCCUGACGAUUUUGGGUCGUUUGAAGAAACUACUUUCCCUGAUGUAUCUAUUCAAAAUAAUGAUAAAACAUCUUUCGAAGAUCGUCUCCUUUCUAGGUCAGAGAUACAAAAGCACCGGAAAAGGAAAAUAUUUAAUAAAAGUUUUCAAAAGUUUACACAAAAAGUCACUCCAUCUACAACAACUACAACAACAACAACAACAGUAAGUACAUCAAUGUUAUUUCAGCCGACAGCUAUCAACACUGAGACUACGAGAAAUAAAGAAAAUGUAACGCGUAGGAAUUACUUAAAUAGAUUAAAAGAAGCUACUCUAAAAUUUUUAGACAAAUUAGAUGGUACUAAAAAUUUUAUAAUAGAUGAAAAGACAACUACUCCGAUUUAUGUGUAUGGAAAGAAAUCUAAAAGUAAUAACCGUUUAAUUUCAAACCUAUUUCUCAAUAGAAAACGUGAUUUGAAAUCAUCUAAAGUUAAUAAAGAUGAUGUUGCUGUUGACCGCGAUAUACAUGGUGAUGCCAUAAAUAUAAGGGAUAAUAAUAUGACUAACAACGAACAGUUAAAAGAUGAUUUGGAUCUUAAUAGCAACUUACUAGAAUCAGUCAAGGAAAGCAACAAAAAUAAGGAACUUCUUCUAUCAAUACUCGAUUUUGAAACAAAUAAACUAAAUGAUGAGUGGACAAGAAUUGAAAAGCGAAAAACAGAAGUAGAAGAUUCUAAAAACGAUAUGGAUGACGUUGGUCAGAUAAUAUUCCAACUGCAUUCGGACGUUAAUAGUAUAGUACCGGAAAAAACAACAGACACAAAAGUGGACUGCACAGCAACUGCAGAGUCUUGCUAUAACCAAACAAUCGCAUCGCAAUGUCAAAACAUUACAAAUAUCACAAAGAAAAACACCACAGAUGACAGUCAAGGAAAAUGCUACGAUAUUGUCAAAGAUUUGCGAGCCUUGGAGCUAACUGUACCGCCGGAACUUACUUCAACUCGAGCGUACAAUGGUUUCUUGGACAAAUUCAUACAUAAAUUUGCAUUUAAAAAUGUGCCCAAUUUGUACAAGAAAAAGGCAGUUAACUCUCACCUAAACGCACCGAAGGAGCGUUCGUUGAGAGGGAAGAUGGAGCACGGCAAGCGGUACCGUAGCAAGGUACACUGCAAGAUGAAACCUAAUAAAAACGCCACGGACAUUGAAGACUUAGAACAGCCACCGUCAAGCCUUAACACUUUUACGGUUACUAAUGAAGGGAUAGAGAUAAAGACGACAGUUACCAUAACAAGCAAAUUGCCUAAAACGACUACGUCGACAACUAAAAAGUCUGCUAGAAAAAAUAUAGAAUACGAGAUUGGAAACGAUGCAAUUACGCCUGAUAAAUCGAAGGAAAACAUAGGUACAACUAAUGACAAAUAUGAGAAUGAAGAGGUCUAUGAGCCAAACGCCGAUCCCACCAAGUACAUAUGCGAUAUCAAUGCGACCGUUAUGCAUAUACAAGAAAUGUUUCAAAAUCUGUCCAAAACCGAUUUCGGAAAAUACGUAAAGAACAUCAGCUGUUUUAAAUAUAAAAAAGCGCCUUCAGCCUUCCACAUCAAAGCUACGUCAAAGCAGAGCAAGAAAAAAUUUAAAAUACAUUCGAAAACAGGCCACGGAUAUGCCACGGACCUAACUAAAAAAAAAUUAAAAUGGAAUUGGAUACGUGAUAAAAGGUCUUCGCAACUAAAUAGUGAUGCUUUUGGUGAUUUUACAAAUUGGAAAGAUUUGAACAAUGAUUAUUUUGAUGAUGUCGAUGAUGAAAGUAGAGGAUUCGAGGUUGAAAAUUUGAGAGGAAGCCUACAGUACGCUUUAAGGGAUGAAAAAGAGGAUUAUGAUAGAUUGUACUUGGACGGGGACGGCGUAUAUCGAAGAAGAGAAAAUGAAAGGAAAAAGAGGGGAGCUGUAGACAUGAGUGAUGUAGUCAACGGCUUAAGAAAUUUGCCUCCUUUGCGGCCAUUAAUUGAUGAAAUUUUCGUGAUACGUGGCGAUUCAGUGACGAUUCAAUGCAAUGCGUCGGGUGGUCCUGCUUAUUCAUAUUUGAAUCUGUCCAAUAUGUACGAAUACACUUGGUCUACUGAAAGGAAGGCCAUGCUACAGUGCUCGAACACAAAAGUCUAUGGGUCCACUAUUUCCAUAGUCAAUGUCCAACCCAGAAACUUUGGCACAUAUACCUGCUUCGAGGAUAAGAGCGUUAUAAGAAGUGUCAAGUUGAACGUCAUCGUGGUCCCCGACUUCAAUAUUGUCUUCACAACAUUGUACAAGUGCCAAAGCGAAUGUACUUAUGAGGAUCUGAAGAACAUACAAAAGUUGGGACCAGUGAUGUUUAAAGCAAUGUACUGGGGAGAAGAGUCUUGUCCAAUUCGUAUCGAUGAACCGGUCUGCAUGUCUAAUAAGGACAAUGAGGCCUUGCUACGAUCCACGGUCGUAGUGAAACCAAGUUCACAGCCAACAAUUGAAUGCAGUCCGGAGUGUCAGAGGGACUUGAAGUGCUCGAUGGCUCUGCUCUGGGCCAGCAACGCGCCAUCUUUGGCACUCGUUAAAGUGAUAAUUGCCUACGAUGAGCUUAACAAGACUCUAACGCCCUUGGAUACUUGUGAUUCAGACUUGACAACUGUUAUGGCACUCAAGAAAAAGGAUUCGAACGGUCACAAUGAGUACAGGCGGCUGGUGCUCGGCAUGGAGCGGGGUAACGUGGAUGUGGUGGUAACCUGCCCUGCUGGGUUCUAUCUCCUGGCGGAUCAAAAGAUUUGUGUCGUGUGCCCGGUGGACACGUGCUCGCUGGCGGGCGAGAACACGUGCACUGCGUGCCCGCGCGGCACGCACGCCCCGCCCGGUGCCUCCACCUGCCGUCUAGCAUUCGGCCCGCACAGAGGCUACAUUGCGCGGUGA